AGUCGCUCAGUCAGUCUCAGGCUGUCCGGCCAGGGUGGUUGGUGGUGAGGAUUCAGGCUCCGUCCUAACCAGGAGGUGGCCUGAGGCUCAGGGCCCCCCAGCCCCUCCCUCCCAGUCCACCAGCGUCACCCCCCAGCCCCGAGCUGGACCGCACACCUUGGGACACGGUUUUCCACUUCCUAAGGACGAGCCCCAGACUGGAGGAGAGGUCGGAGGAGGUGGGCGUUGGGCUCUUCGCGAGGACCCCGGCGGCGGGCCCGGGGGAGGCGGCCGAGGCGGCGGCGACCGGGGCCGACAUGGCCGAGGAGCAGGACCUGUCAGAGGUGGAGCUGAGCCCCGUGGGCUCGGAGGAGCCCCGCUGCCUGUCCCCGGGGAGCGCGCCUUCGCUGGGGCCCGACGGCGGCGGCGGCGGCUCCGGCCUGAGAGCCAGCCCCGGGCCGGGCGAGCUGGGAAAGGUCAAGAAGGAGCAGCAGGAUGGCGAGGCGGACGACGACAAGUUUCCCGUCUGCAUCCGCGAGGCCGUCAGCCAGGUGCUCAGCGGCUACGACUGGACGCUGGUGCCCAUGCCGGUGCGCGUCAACGGUGCCAGCAAGAGCAAGCCGCACGUCAAGCGGCCCAUGAACGCCUUCAUGGUGUGGGCGCAGGCGGCGCGCAGGAAACUCGCCGACCAGUACCCGCACCUGCACAACGCCGAGCUCAGCAAGACGCUGGGCAAGCUCUGGAGGCUGCUGAACGAGAGUGACAAGCGCCCCUUCAUUGAGGAGGCUGAGCGGCUGCGCAUGCAGCACAAGAAGGACCACCCCGACUACAAGUACCAGCCCCGGCGGCGGAAGAACGGCAAGGCGGCCCAAGGGGAGGCCGAGUGCCCGGGCGGGGAGGCCGAGCAAGGAGGGGCCACGGCCAUCCAGGCCCACUACAAGAGCGCCCACCUGGACCACCGGCACCCGGAAGAGGGCUCUCCCAUGUCUGACGGGAACCCUGAGCACCCCUCAGGCCAGAGCCACGGCCCACCAACCCCGCCAACCACCCCAAAGACAGAGCUGCAGUCCGGCAAGGCAGACCCCAAGCGGGAUGGGCGCUCGAUGGGGGAGGGCGGGAAACCUCACAUCGACUUCGGCAAUGUGGACAUCGGCGAGAUCAGCCACGAGGUAAUGUCCAACAUGGAGACCUUUGACGUGGCUGAGUUGGACCAAUAUCUGCCACCCAAUGGGCACCCAGGCCACGUGGGUAGCUACUCAGCAGCUGGCUACGGGUUGGGCAGCGCCCUGGCCGUGGCCAGUGGACACUCCGCCUGGAUCUCCAAGCCACCGGGUGUGGCCCUGCCCACGGUCUCACCACCUGGUGUGGAUGCCAAAGCCCAGGUGAAGACAGAGACCGCAGGCCCUCAGGGGCCCCCCCACUACGCCGACCAGCCGUCCACCUCGCAGAUCGCCUACACCUCCCUCAGCCUGCCACACUACGGCUCCGCCUUCCCCUCCAUUUCCCGCCCCCAGUUUGACUACUCUGACCAUCAGCCCUCAGGACCCUAUUAUGGCCAUUCGGGCCAGGCCUCGGGCCUCUAUUCGGCCUUCUCCUACAUGGGGCCCUCUCAGCGGCCCCUCUACACGGCCAUCUCUGACCCCAGCCCCUCAGGGCCCCAGUCCCACAGCCCCACACACUGGGAGCAGCCAGUAUAUACGACGCUGUCCCGGCCUUGAAGAGGGCCCUGUCACCACCAGCCCCUGCCCAGUCCCUGCUGGGCCCCGAGCCCCUUCCUUCCGCUGUGCGUCCUGUUCCUCACCAGUCUCGGGCCUGGUGGUGGCGGCGGAGGGUGCUCAGGGGCUGACAGUGGAGGGAAGGCUGUCUGCCUGCUCCCGCCCUGAUGACCUGCCGCCCCAUCCAGGCCCCAGAGGCAUGGCCCUGGCUGACAGCCUGGGCAGAGGAGGAGGAGGCUGGCCGAUGCCCCUAGACUGAAGGAUGAGGCUGCACCUCCCCCAGAAACCCUCUAUCCCAGGACCUGAGGAGGGCCACCACCCCCUGGGAAGGGAGGAAGCAUGCAGGGUGGGACAGCGCGGGAGGCUGGGCCACUCCGGUUUCCUUCUCAUGGACAGCGAGGGCCUACAGGCCCCUGUGCCAUGGUGCCUAAGCUAGGCCACCAGGGACUGCAUCAGGGCUUAGAGACCCUGGCUGUGUCACUCAGGGGCCAAGGACAGCUUUGAACCGCUUUGUGGGGUGGGGUGGAGCUCAGUGGAAAUUCUUAUCCCUUCAACACCCCUUCCCUCCUGAAAACAGGAAGGAACCGGCACAGAGGCCCCCCAGAUCCAAUUCUGUGCCAAUAACCUGGUCUUUGUCUAACUGGGGACAGCCCCUGGUCUCCCUGCCAUGAGCUCCCAGGCCUUGACGCCCACCCCAGGUGAGGAGGCAGGGCGGGGAAGGGUUCAGACAGUCCCCCAGUCCUCCUCCCUGGCUCCUGGCCAGCCCCUGGUCCUCUCAGCUGUCCAUGGCUUCCCUGGUGUCUGGGGUUAGAGCUGCACAGGCUCAAACCCUGGCUCCAGAAGGAGCCGUGGGGCCAGCACCAGGAGGCCGGCAGCAGGUCUAAGACCCCAAAAUCCUGCCCUAUACAUUUUGCCCUUGCCUUUUGCCCCUGGCCUCCAGUGGUAUCUGAAUAAAGUACGUAGCUAUGCCUGCCCCGUUUGUUCCGCAGCCCCCAGUCCACAUGUAACACGUUUGCUACCCCCUUAUUUAUCUCAUAGUCCCCUGUCUGCUCCCCUCUCCUAGCUACUCCAGCCCCUAUUAACUCUGCAUUAAGCAUUCCAAGUAAUAAAAUUAAAGGUUCCGGUUACCUGCUUAGUGGGUCUGACCUGGCCUGUUUCUUGGUCUCUUGUCCCUUUACCUGGGCUUCCUCAAAGACUCUGAAAGUAGCUAGGAGGAGGGUGUGAGGGGGAGAUAACCCAAGAGUCUGGCUCUCCCCUGAGUAGGUGGAGUGGGUGAGGACAGCUGGCCCCCAAUGGAUGGGACUGGGCACAGGGGCUAAGACUUCCGAGAGAAGCCUUUCCCCAGGUCAGCUCGACCCCACCCUGCAGGGGCCACUCACUGACCAGGCCCAGCUAGAGCUCACGAGGGCAGCAGCAGCCUCACUGCCCACUCAGCAGGGAAGAGUUUGCAAAAAAUUCCAGGGACAGCUGUUUGGAAAGAGGUGGGUUGAGUCUGACUGCAGUCAGGCCUGUCCCUUAGGAUGCCUGGAUGGCCUUCUGUUGCCACACCCCUAUACCUGUCACCUCUGGCAGAGAUCAUGCAAGCCCCAGGGACCAUGCCAGGUCCAGCUGAGCCUUCAGAGCAGCAACCUGUGCCCAAGUCUAAACCAAGGGCAUCAGAUGUGCAGUCUCCUCCCAUGCUCACUCCCUCGGAGCCCUGUCCUCUGCAGGCCAGGAACCACUCUGGUCCGAGACCCCAGGGAGGGGGACUCUCUUCACCUUCCUGCUCUACUGAUGGCAGCUCUGAGGCUUGUAAGUUCUCUACCACCUACUGCGUGCUCCCUGUGCUGAGUGCUUACGUCAUUUGGACCUAGAUGACAGUGAGUCCUGUCCUCAUCCCUGAUUUCUAGAUGAGACUGAAGCUUUGGGAGGUUGAAGCUCAGGAGAGCUGGCGCCAGAAUCUGAACCCAGCGCUGACUCCAAAGCUUGUGCUCUUCCCCAUCAUCCCCUCCACCUGCCCAGGGCUAGCAGGCUCUGCUUCCACUUUAAGUGGCACUUUAAGUCUUCUUCCACUGCUCCAGACUGACCCUCCCUUCCAUUUGUGGUCUCUGCACCCCUGCACCCUUCUCUUGGUCAGGACCUGGGGGAAGGUGGGCUCCAGGAACUAACCCAGUCUUCCCAGGUGGGCAGACCCCAUCUGGAAGCUGCACCAGGCUCUUCAGGCCACCUUCCCCAAAAUGUUGGCCUCAUGAAGUUUGGUAACUGAAACCCCUGCUCUCUCCAACAGUAUCUGUUGCAAAGUCACACCACCCAAAUUGGAUAUAAAGUUGUUUUUGGCAUUUCAUUUUGUCGUAGAUAAAUGCAGGAUUUUAUGCUGAUCUUUAACAGACUUCAUCCUGUUGGAUCUGACCCUUUCCCCCCUAUGUUAAGUCUUGGAAUGCGGCUCUCCUUCAGAGCAUUAUGUAUCUGCAAACUUGAAUAUCCUCCUUUAAGUCACUAAUAAAGGUCAAAAUGAA